UAUUUUUCAAUAACUCAAACAACGGGUCGGAGGAAUUUUUAUCUCUGUAUAUCGACAAAUGUAAGUCCCUCCGACGUGACGAUGAAUUAUAACAAUUAUAUUUGAAGCCAAGAAUAGUUAAUUGAUUCUUCAGCGAAGAGAGAAACGAACAUUGACUCGUUAAUAAACGUCACCUAUCCCUAGAAUGCAACUGAACAGUGUUCGCACAGUUCGUGCAAUGUUAUACGUCGACGAUAAUUGAAUGCUAAGUUAUUUAAAAAUAGCGCUCAUUGUGCUUUCUCAGUGCUAUAACGCAAUCGAAGAUAGGUCGACGAUAUAAGUUCAUUGCUGGCGAUAAUCUAAUAUGAUGAUUUAACGUCGAAUCUAACGAUUGUAAUCAAUACGUCAAACUCAUACGUUGACAGUUCCUGGUGUUAUUUGCGAGCGAUUUUCGGACUGUGCGACGAUGCAGCGGUACGAUCUGCUGAUCCAGGAGAUUGAGGGCAUCGACGAUUAUCUGGGCCCGACGUUUCGGGCAAUUUACGAUGGCCACGAGCAUCAAAAGUUCAUGGAGAAGCUGGAUGAUCGUAUCAAGGCUCACGACAAGGACAUUGAAAGAAUGUGCAAUCACCACUACCAGGGAUUUAUUGAUUCCAUCAGGGAGCUCUUACAAGUUCGCUCUCAAGCACAGCAACUUAAUGCUGAUAUAUUGGAGCUUGAUAAAUGCAUUACUGCUACAUCCACUAAAGUAAUUGAGAAGGGUGAAGAACUGGUUAGAGCCCGCAAGGUAGAGAGCAAUAUGGCUGCUGCUGUAGACAGUCUUACUAUGUGCCUUCCAGUGUUAGCUGCUUAUGCAAAGCUACAAAAACAGUUAAAGGAUAAGCGUUAUUAUCCAGCACUGAAAACAUUGGAACAAUUGGAGCAUCAUGAUUUGCCAAACGUCACGAAUUAUAGGUUUUCCUCUCAAAUCACUCAACAAAUUCCACAAUUGCGAGAGAAUAUAAAGGAUGCGUCUAUGUUUGACUUGCGAGAUUUUCUAGAAAAUAUCAGAAAGUACUCACCAAAGAUUGGCGAAGUUGCAAUGAGGCAUACCGCCGAACAGUUGGCUACUGAGGCGGAAAUUAUCGGGAGGAAGAAGAGGAGAUCUCACACAAACAACCCGUCCUCGAAUGAGGGCGAGGAGGAACUGAGCGCUCAAGAUUUAAUGGAUUUCAGUCCGGUAUAUCGAUGCAUGCACAUUUAUACCGUGCUGCGCGAAGGAGACACUUUUAAGACUUACUAUAGGCAACAAAGAAAACAGCAAGCUAGAUUGGUUCUACAGCCACCCAUCAACAUGCACGAAAGUAUAGUCGGAUAUCAGACUUAUCUACACGGCAUUAUCGGUUUCUUCGUAGUAGAGGAUCAUAUAUUAAAUACUGGUAAUGGAUUGGCCACGCGGGCGUACUUAGACGAGCUUUGGUCAAUGUCGUUGUCUACUAUAGUCAAUGCUUUACGGACACAUUCGGCAUAUUGCACAGACGCUACGCUCAUAUUAAAAAUCAAGAAUCUCAUUAUGCUGUUUAAUACUACUCUACGGAAUUAUGGUUACUCUGUAGGACAACUUUGGGAUUUGUUACAAGAAAUCAGAGUGCAUUAUAAUGAAGUACUGAUGCAACAUUGGGUUCAAGUAUUCAGAGACAUUUUGGAUGAAGAUAGUUUCUUACCAAUUCAGGUUACAAUGCAAGCGGAAUAUGACGACGUCCUUAAUCUAUUUCCUUAUCAUGACGAAGAAUUGCAGAGAGCAGAGUUUCCUAAAAAAUUUCCUUUCUCAGAUAUGGUCCCCAAAGUUUACCAACAAGUGAAGGAAUUUAUUUAUGCAUGUCUAAAGUUCUCGGAGGAUUUGAACUUCACGCAAACAGAGAUCGAUGAGAUGAUAUGCAAAUCAACGAAUCUCUUACUAACAAGAACCUUCAGUGGGUGUUUGUCAUCGUUAUUCCGAAAGCCGUCUUUGGCACUUCUGCAAGUGGUUCAAAUUAUAAUCAACACAGGUUACCUUGAAAAAUCUACAAAAUACUUAGAGGAAUUUCUGACUAAUAUCACUGGCACACCGCACAAGGGACAAUUGAGUUGCGUAGGGGUUGAAUCCACCAUGUUUCGAGUAGCGCGGGAUGACGCCGAGAAGCAGAUUUGCGACAAACUGAAAAACAAGCUGGACGAAUUCUUAGAAUUAGAGAAUUACGAUUGGAACCUGGCGGAACCUCAAGGACAUGCUUCGGGAUUUAUUACAGAUCUGAUAGCAUUCUUACAGAGCACCUUUACUUGUUUUACCAAUUUACCGGACGAGGUGGCUCAAGUAGCAUGCAAAUCCGCGUGUUCUCAUAUCGCUAAAGCGAUAUUAGGAAUACUGAUUAGCGAGGAUGUGAAACAAAUAUCUAUGGGUGCAUUGCAGCAAGUAAAUUUAGAUACUAUACAAUGUGAACAAUUCGCUGCUUCUGAGCCAGUCAUUGGUCUGCCGGAAGGGACAUUAUUACAGUACUUCUCGCAAUUAAGACAAUUGUUGGAUUUAUUCAUGAGCUGGGAUUGGCCUACUUAUUUUCAUGAUUACGGCCACGAUUCCAGUAAAUACAAUUUAGUAACUCCAAACAUGGCUGUGCUUCUGUUGGAGAAAUUGAAAGAGUCCGAUAAGAAAACGGUGUUUUCUGUACUAAAGAAAAGCGAGAGAGACAAGAAGAAACUACUUGAAACUGUAUUAAAGCAAUUACGUCAAUUGGCGCAGACAACUCAACAGUAGAGAAAAAUUGUAGAAAUUAAUA